CCUGUUCAGACAAGUCAAACAUCUCUCUCUCUAUUGUUUCAGGAGAGCAUUGAAUGCAACAUUAAGUUAUUGUUUCACGCGCUUUGUGGGGCCAACCAUCAACAACCGCGUUUCUUCCACUCGUCCCCUCCAACCGAAAAAGAAGAGAAAAAGAAAAGGCAAGCAGCCUGCUUCAUACCUGUCUUUCAUAUCUCUCUUCCAGGUAGGAGCUUUGUUUCUGGUUCGUCUUCUUCUUCUUUUUAGUCUUUGUUAGAAAAAAAUCAUACACAUGAUGAUGCUAGUCUUGUUAUCUGUACUCUUCAUAUGUGGCCUCCUCAACUCCCUUUUCUACUUCUCCCCUUCCAAGUUGUUUGCAUGGCUCCUUUCCCUCUUCCCCAAAUCACCACCACUCCCUCCCGUGGGACUCACCAAGAAGAUCGACAGGGCCGAGCUCGAGAUGGUCUUCGCCACCUUCGACCACAACGGCAACGGGUUCAUCACCAAACAAGAGUUGGAAGAGUCAUUGGAGAAGUUGGGCCUCUUCACUGGUGACAAGCAAGUCGCUGCCAUGAUCGAACAGUUUGAUUCAAAUGGAGAUGGGCUGAUAGAUUUGCAUGAAUUCUGUGAGCUUUAUGAGUCGAUGAUGGGGAAACAAGGAGAAGAAGAAAAAGAAGGAAAAGAUGAUUAUCUGAAGGAAGCAUUCGAUGUGUUUGAUGAGAAUGGGGAUGGGUUGAUCACGGUAGAGGAGUUGGCAUUGGUACUAACAUCGCUAGGGCUGAAGCAAGGCAUGGGAAUGGAGGAGUGCAGGAAGAUGAUCAGCAAGGUUGAUAUGGAUGGAGAUGGAAUGGUUAAUUUUAAAGAGUUUAAGAGGAUGAUGGCGUCUGGCAGUUUAAUUCCUGUGUCCUGAUCCACCCCGCCCCCUCUCUCUCUCUCUCUCUCUCUCUCUCUCUCUCUCUCUGUGAUUGCGUGGUGUAGCACACAAGACCACGCAAUUCGACUCUUCCCCUCUCCCUCUCCCUCUCCCUCUCAAAUGGUAAUCAUACAUGCAGGGACACCUAAAUUCAAGCUGUUCAUCAGGGAAUUUCCGUUGCAUCUGUGCGAUGGGAUGGUCUGCCCAUCAGGUGGGCCGGAUGUGUUCAAAGCAAAUGGACUGUUAAAUAAUAUAGUCAGACUGACUGGCUUGAUUUUGGGCUAAGAAACAUCAAUGCGGGGCCGCUCGAUUAAUUGAUCUGACACAAGUAGGCAUGGUAGGCAUGUAUUAAAGUCACAUAGACAGACACAUCUCUCUCUCUCUCUCUCGUGAGAGUUGCCCACUGUAUCAUAGAUGGUUGAAAGUAAAGGAAAGAAAUUUGUAAAAGAUAUUUUUAAUUUACAAGUUUUGUUGUGUAUUUGAGAUGUGUUUUGGAUAUGCCACUCCUCCAUUCUUUGCGCUGA